GUAAUGACCAGACCUCAAACAAAGGCUUCCGCCACGAGGGCUUUUAUUUUGUAUCUUGUAUCCGGGAACUUAGUCGCUCCAGUGAGCAGAAGUGGGCAUAGCAAACGGGUUGCGGAGCUGGCAAAUACCUCUGUCGUUAACUGGUGAUACAGUGUUCUAAAACACUGAAGGACCCUCCGGAAUUGGACACAUAUGGACCCCAAUCGGAUUAUACAGGCUCUUAAAGGAACUAUCGACCCGAAUUUAAGAAUAUCCGCUGAGAAUGAACUUAACCAGUCCUACAAGAUCAUCAACUUCGCACCCACUCUGCUUCAGAUCAUCGUGUCAGAGCAGGUGGAGUUUCCUGUUCGUCAGGCAGCUGCCAUAUACCUGAAGAACAUGGUAAGUCAGUAUUGGCAGGACAGAGAGCCGUCUCUAGGAGAAGUUGUCUUUCCCUUCAACAUCCAUGAGAAUGAUCGUCAGCAGAUCAGAGAUAACAUCGUGGAGGCCAUCAUCCGCUGUCCUGAGUCAAUACGUGCCCAGCUCACCAUGUGUCUGCGAGCAAUUAUCAAACAUGACUUUCCUGGCCGCUGGACGACCAUUGUGGACAAAAUCAGCAUGUACUUGCAGACUUCAAACAGCAGCAGCUGGUACGGAAGUCUGAUGGCUCUGUACCAGAUGGUGAAAACCUAUGAAUACAGAAAGGUUGAUGAGAGGGAGCCCCUGCUGGCAGCCAUGCAGAUUUUCCUGCCAAGGAUUCAGCAGCUAAUCAGCCAGCUGUUGGCCGACGCUACCAUUUUCUCUGUCCUUAUCCAGAAACAGAUCCUGAAGAUCUUUCACGCUCUUGUUCAGUACUCGCUGCCGCUCCAGCUGAUCAAUAACGUGGUGAUGACACAGUGGAUGGAAAUCUUCCGGGCUAUUAUGGAUCAAGACGUCCCUGCUGAGACAUUGGAGGUUGAUGAGGACGACCGUCCUGAGCUGGCAUGGUGGAAGUGUAAGAAGUGGUCGCUGCGCAUAAUCACCAGACUGUUUGAGCGUUAUGGUAGUCCUGGCAAUGUGUCAAAGGAGUACAGUGACUUCGCAGACUUCUUCCUGAGAACAUAUGCAGUAGGCAUUCAACAGGUUCUGCUAAAAGUGUUGGAUCAGCAUCGACAGAAGCAGUACGUCACACCUCGUGUCUUGCAGCAGUGUCUCAACUACCUCAACCAGGGCCUGUCACACUCCCUGACGUGGAAACAGAUGAAGCCACACAUGCGGACCAUUUGCCAGGAAGUCAUCUUCCCUCUCAUGUGUUACAAAGACGAGGAUGAGAAGCUGUGGCAGGAAGACCCCUAUGAAUACAUCCGCAUGAAGUUCAAUCUCUAUGAUGACCAGGCCCUUCCUGCCACUGCUGCUCAGAACCUUUUGUGUAAAGCUGCCCGUAAACGGAAAGAGGUUCUUCCUCAUAUGAUGGAGUUCUGCCACCAAAUACUGAUGGACCCUUCUACUGACCCCCAGAAAAAGGACGGAGCCUUACACUGCAUCGGUGCUCUGAGUGAGCUGCUAUUAAAGAAGCGGGCGUACAGAGAGCAGAUGGAGCUCAUGCUGCAAAACUACGUCUUCCCUUUGCUUAACUCUUCAUCCGGUUACCUAAGAGCCAGGUCAUGCUGGGUGCUCCACUGCUUCAGUCCGCUGUGCUUCCGAGACGAGCUGAUUUUAAGGAACGCCGUUGAACUGGUGAAGCAAGACCUCAUCGAUGACAAACAGAUGCCAGUCAAGGUGGAGGCUGCCAUUGCUCUGCAAACGUUGGUCAGCAACCAAGAACAAGCCAAACUGUACAUCAAGCCGUACAUCCGACCAGUUAUGCAGGAGCUGCUGCACAUCGUGAAAGAGACGGAGAACGACGAUUUGACAAAUGUCAUUCAGAAAAUGAUUUGCGAGUACAACCAGGAGGUGGCAGCCAUUGCUGUGGACAUGACACAGAAUCUGGCUGAGAUCUUCACCAAGGUCCUACAAAGUGAGGAGUACGAGGAGAAUGAAGACAAGACUGUCAUGGCUCUUGGCAUUCUCAGCACCAUAGACACCAUUCUGACCGUCAUGGAGGAUCACAAAGAGAUAACUCAGCAGCUGGAAGGCAUCUGUUUGCAGGUGAUUGGCCUGGUCCUGCAGAAGCCUAUUAUAGGUAUGGCAGAAUUCUACGAGGAGAUUCUCUCGCUAGCGUUCGGUCUCACCUGUCAGACCAUUUCACCCCAGAUGUGGCAGCUGCUAGGCAUCCUGUAUGAAGUUUUCCAGCAAGACUGCUUCGACUACUUCACAGAUAUGAUGCCACUUCUGCACAACUAUGUUACUGUGGACACAGCCAUGUUCCUGUCCAACUCAAAGCACUUAGAGGUUAUCUACAGCAUGUGUAAAAAGGUGCUGACGACAGAUGCCGGGGAGGACGCAGAGUGUCAUGCUGCCAAACUGCUGGAGGUCAUAAUACUGCAGUGUCGGGGUCAGGGCAUCGACCAGUGCAUUCCUCUGUUUAUGGAGGCGGUGCUGGAGCGUCUGAUGAGGGGUGUGAAGUCCAGUGAGCUAAGAACCAUGUGUCUACAGGUGGUCAUCGCUGCUCUCUACUACAACCCAGCACUGCUUAUACACACUCUGGACAACAUGCACUUUUCACACAACCCACAACCCAUCACGGCCCACUUUAUCAACCAGUGGAUGAUUGAUACAGAAUUAUUCAUGGGUCUCCAUGAUCGAAAAAUGUGUAUCAUCGGACUUAGCGUGCUGAUCGAGCUGCCCUGUCGCCCAGCGGUGCUGAACAACGUUGCUUCUCAGAUCGUUCCUUCCGUCCUGCUCCUCUUCCUGGGCCUCAAACAUCUGUAUGCCUCCCGCCUUAUUAACAAACCAAAUCUGCUGCAGAAUACAGGGCCUCAAGAUGAAGACCAGAACGAGGAGAUUCCCAGUGAUGAGGAUGAGGUGAGCAGAAACCAAAACGCCAUGCAGGGACAACAGUGCAGCACGCUGACAGGUCAAGGCAGUGAGGAGGACGAUGAAGAUGAUGAGGACUACUGGGACGACGAUUGUUUUGAGGGAACACCCCUAGAAGAGUACAGCACACCUCUGGACUAUGACAACGGAGAGGACGAAUAUCAGUUCUUCACAGCCGCCCUGCUCAGGGUCCAGAACACUGAUGCAGCCUGGUACCACAGUCUAACCAGUCCACUCAGUGAUGAACAGAAGAAACAGCUGCAGGAGAUCUAUAGUAUUUCACAGCAGAGGAGGAGCAACGCCACCAAAGGCCAGUGAUUGCACAACGGCAGGACUUCUCAUCACAACAGGGGUGGAGAGGAGGAAGAAAUGGUGAAAUGGUGUGCUCUGACCUGAGCAGAAGGGAAUAGCAGGAAAAUCUGAAAGAGUUUAUUCCAGAUCAGAGGACUCUUUAAAGGAUUCCACCUGAAACAAGUCUCUGGGACUUCUACCAGAGCCGUGUAGGCAACCUGGGGCUGGUGACAGGCAAUGACGCUACAUCAGUGUGAUUCUAGUCGAGCCGUGUAUUACGUCACAGCCCUUUUUUUUAUGGUCUAAUAACCAGGGCAUAACUGUCAACACUUUUAUUGUUGAAGUGUGUGCAUUUCAGUUUUGUGGCAUAGAACCUGGAUUAUUGAUAGAAAUCUUUGACCAACAGAUGUUAUUAAUGUUCUUGUACAGUGUGUGUGUGUGUGUGUGUGUGUGAGAGAGAGAGAAACACAAAGUGUUAAACAUGAACCUGUAAGUACAUUUGUAUGCUCAUUAAGGCUAUGUAAUCAAAGACUUUUUAAUUAUGUCGUGAAAGGAAGGCGUCGGCGGAGAGGGGCGUCUGUCCCUGAGACCGUUUCGUACACAGACCUACAUAUGAGCAACAAGCGCACACGAAUAAAUGUGAAACAGGACAGAUCAAGUAGAAGCACUGUUGUUUUUGUCAGUCUUUGGCUUCAUCUUUGUAAUAAAAACUUCAAUAUUUAUUUAUGUCCA